UUUUUUUUUUUUUCAUCCCACAAUACAAAUUGCAGCAAUUGGUUAUUUUCCCUUUUUUCUCUGUACAAUAAAUAAUUUUCCUCUUCCUAUGUCUGCUUUUGUUCAUAUGCCAGCUCUGCAUGCUCCUCCUCUCUCCUCCCAAUAAACCUUUCUCUUUUUCUGUACUUUCUCGCUCUAGGAAACCCCCUUUUCUAUCAAGAUUUUUGAGAAAGAGAAUUGAACCGAUCUCUUUUGUUGAUUGGAUUCUUGAGCAAGUUGAUUCACAUUGUCAAUAGAAGCUUGAUAAUCGAGAAGGAUAUCAUACAAUGUCUACCGCAGCAAAAGCUCUAGAACCUGCUUUUCAGGGAGCGGGUCAGAAAGUAGGGACAGAGAUUUGGAGAAUUGAGAACUUUCAACCUGUUCCUUUGCCAAAAUCUGAUUUUGGUAAAUUCUACUCUGGAGAUUCUUAUAUUAUUCUUCAGACUAGUCCUGGCAAGGGAGGUGCUUAUCUUUUCGACAUUCACUUCUGGCUUGGAAAGGAUACUAGCCAGGAUGAAGCUGGAACUGCUGCUAUUAAAACUGUUGAACUUGAUGCGAUUCUUGGUGGCCGUGCUGUGCAGUAUAGAGAAUUACAAGGGCACGAGUCUGACAAAUUUUUGUCGUAUUUUAAACCAUGUAUCAUACCUCUUGAAGAUGAUGGGAAAUUACAAGCCGAGACAGAUUCUGGUGAAUUUUGGGUCCUGUUUGGUGGAUUUGCUCCAAUCGGUAAGAAGGUUGCUACUGAAGAUGAUAUCAUUCCAGAGAAAACUCCUGCCCAGCUCUACAGCAUUAUUGAUGGUCAAGUCAGCACCGUAGAUGGCGAACUUUCCAAAUCACUUCUCGAAAACAACAAAUGCUAUUUAUUGGAUUGUGGUUCAGAAGUAUUUGUUUGGCUUGGUCGGGUAACUCAAGUUGAGGAGAGAAAAAGUGUCAUUCGAGCAGCAGAGGACCUCAAAAGCUCAAACAAUCAAAUCACUUUUCAGGAUUUUGUGGCUAGCCAAGGUAGACCAAAGGCAACACGUAUAACUCGAAUUAUUCAAGGUUAUGAGACACAUUCGUUCAAGUCCAACUUUGAUUCGUGGCCGUUAGGAUCAGCUCCUGUUGCCGAAGAGGGAAGGGGAAAAGUGGCUGCUUUACUGAAGCAGCAAGGUGGUGUUAUGAAGGGAGCAAGUAAAAGUGCUCCAGUUCAUGAAGAUGUUCCUCCUUUGCUUGAAGGAGGUGGCAAAACAGAGGUUUGGCGCAUAGAUGGUAGUGCUAAGACCCCAGUGUCUAGUGAAGACAUCGGUAAAUUUUACAGUGGGGAUUGCUAUAUUGUGCUCUACACUUAUCAUUCUCACGAAAGAAAAGAAGAUUACUACUUGUGUUAUUGGAUUGGUAAAGACAGCAUUGAGGAGGACAAAAAUACUGCUGCUAAAUUAUCCGCUACAAUGUAUAACUCAAUGAAAGGGAAGCCAGUACUGGGUCGUGUGUUUCAAGGCAAAGAGCCCCCACAGUUUGUUGCGAUUUUUCAGCCUAUGGUUGUCCUUAAGGGUGGACUGAGCUCUGGUUACAAGAAUUAUAUAGCAGAUAAAGGUUUAAAUGACGAAACAUACACUGCUGAUAGUGUUGCACUCAUCCGCAUAUCAGGAACUUCACUUCAUAACAACAUAGCUGUUCAAGUAGAAGCUGUGGCAACAUCAUUGAAUACAUAUGAAUGUUUCUUGCUGCAAUCUGGAUCUUCAGUGUUCAGUUGGCAUGGUAAUCAAGGCUCCUUUGAACAGCAACAGUUAGCGGCCAAAAUUGCCGAAUUUCUAAAGCCUGGGUCCACCGUCAAACACACUAAAGAAGGAACUGAGAGCUCAUCUUUCUGGUUUGCACUCGGAGGAAAACUAAGUUACACCAGUAAGAAGGUUUCGUCCGAGGUUGUCCGAGAUCCCCACUUGUUUGCAGUUUCCUUUAAUAAAGGAAAAUUCGAGGUGGAAGAAGUGUACAAUUUUUCUCAAGAUGACCUCUUGACAGAGGAUAUAUUGAUACUCGACACGCAUGCCGAAGUGUUUAUUUGGGUCGGCCAAUCAGUGGACUCCAAAGAGAAGCAAAAUGCUUUUGAAAUUGGGCAGAAAUACAUUGGGAUGGCUUCUUCACUUGAAGGGUUACCGCCAAAUAUCCCGUUAUACAAAAUCACUGAAGGAAACGAACCGUGCUUUUUCACCACACAUUUUUCAUGGGAUCAUGCUAAAGCUAAUGCACAUGGGAACUCUUUCCAGAAAAAGGUCAUGCUACUCUUUGGUGCUUCUCAUUCUGUAGAGGAGAGAUCCAAUGGCUCUAAUCAAGGGGGACCCACUCAAAGGGCUUCGGCUUUGGCUGCCUUAAACUCGGCAUUCAGUUCAUCACCUUCCCCGAAAGCUGGCUCGGGCCCACGUUCGGGUGGGAAAACCGGGGCUUCACAGAGAGCAGCUGCAGUGGCUGCACUGUCUUCUGUUUUGACUGCCGAAAAGAAGGGUUCGCCAGACGUGUCUCCCGCACGGUCCAGGCGGGCCCCACCGCUAGAAGCAGGCUCUCCCGCUUCUGUGAAAAGUGAGCAUUCUUUUGAUAUCGAGGAAAACAAAGAAAUCCCUAAAGUAGUUGAGCCUGCACCAGAGACUAAUGGGGAGGAUGAAGAGGCUAACCGGGAUGAAAAUGGCUCUGAAGAUACUCAGAGUACGUUUAGUUACGAGCAGUUGAAGUCCAAAUCUGAAAAUCCUGUUACGGGUAUCGAUUUUAAGCGCAGAGAGGCGUACCUUUCGGACGAGGAGUUCAAGUCUGUGCUGGGAAUGGCCAAAGAAGCAUUCUACAAGCUGCCAAAGUGGAAGCAAGACAUGCUUAAAAGGAAAGUCGAUCUCUUCUAGAAACGGAAAUUUCUCAAAAACCGUAACCCAAAAAAAAAACUAGUCGUGCAAAAUUCAAAGUGCUUUUUCCCUCUCUACUAAACCUGCAAGUUUUAGUUUGUUCAGCUCGGGUUUUUUGGUGCCCGCCUUACUGUGCAUCAACUUGUCGGUAGCUGUUUGGCUUUGGCUAUUCGGUGUUGGCCUUGAGGAUUGAUUUGUCUUCUUUAUUUUUAUUUUUCCUUUUCUUUUCNUUUUUUUUUUUUUUUUUUUAAUAUUUAUGUUU